AUGUCAACCCCGGAGUCCCCCUUUCGUGUCAUUGUCGUUGGCGGCGGCGUGGCUGGCCUGGCUGCCUCCCAUGUCCUCUACAAAGCUGGAAUCGACCACGUCGUACUCGAAAAGCGGUCCACUGUCGCGCCACAAGCUGGUGCCAGCAUUGCUAUAUACCCGAACGGGGCUCGGAUUCUGAGCCAGCUGGGCUGUCUGGAUCGGGUGAAGAAGACCACCGUCCGGUGCGGCCGCUGGUAUGCACGGCUCCCAAGCGGCAAGAAGAUUAUAGAUAGUAGCUUUUUCCGCUACCUCGAGGACAAUCAUGGCUUUGGCAUGCUCAACAUCGAGCGGCGGGAGUUUCUUGAAGCCUUAUACGAAACGUUACCUGACAAGACACGCGUCAAGACAAAUUCUCCGGUGCAUAGCAUCACCCAAGAUGAGAAUGGGGUUGAGGUGGUGUUGAGCAAUGGCGAAGUUUAUAAAGGUGAUUUGGUUCUAGGCUGUGACGGGGUCUAUAGCAUGGUGAAGAGUAUCAUGUGGGACUACGCGAACAAGGCCUCGCCGGGGAUGAUUACGGUAAAGGAGAAGACAGCGAUCAAGGCAGAUUACAAAUGCCUGGUCUUCAUGACAACGGGCAUCCCAGAGCUCGGGACCUCCGACCUGACGGUUAUCCACGGAAAACACUACUCGCACUUGUUCACAAUUACCCCACAGCGAGGGUACUUCUUUGUGUACUUCAAGUUGGACAAGCCCUCCACCUGGCCUGCAGUGCCACGAUACACGGACCAGGAUGCGGACGACCUGGCUAGACGUGUCGCCGACCAACCUAUGUCUGAAACGCUGACCUUUGCAGAGAUCUGGAAGCAUCGGGUGCGUGCGACCGUUGUGAACCUCGAGGAAGGCAUAUUGGACCAUUGGUACUUUGGAAGAAUCGCCCUGGCGGGCGACUCGGCGCACAAGGUGAUGCCGAACAUGGCCUUGGGGGGAAAUGCCAGCAUCGAGUCGGUCUCUGUCCUGACAAACCACCUUCGCCAGAUGCUCGUGGAUAACCAUUGGAAGAAGCCGAGCAGCGCCGAAAUCGAGAAGGCGCUCGCUAGAUACCAAAAGGAGCGCCUGGAGCGCAUGAAGAUGAUGCUCAAGUUCUCCUCGAUAACCAACGAAGCGCAGAACUGGCCCACCGUGUGGUACCGGAUCCUGUCGACCUGGCUGAUCCCCCUGCUGCCGCAGCGCGUGCUAGCCGACAACCUGGGGAGGAUCAUCAGUUCGGCGCCGAAGCUGGAUUUCCUCGAGGUCGGGGAGUUCCCUACGGGUCGCAUGCCGUGGAAGUAUACGGCCAACGAGGAUAUCAAACCUAGCAAGAGCGGCUACGGCGGGCUGAGCCAGUUGGGUCUCGGGGUUUAA